AGACAGGCCAGUUUCCUGUUGCAAGCUUCAGAGGUGCGGUUGUUCGUUGUGUGAGCCGGUUCGCGGUGUUUUCGCUGUUCUCUUAAUUUUCGCGUUUCACAUUCCGCCGAGUAUAAUUGAAGACACUCGUCGCGGACACACCGGGGAUGAACGAUGUUCGAGCGUGACGCGAGUGGCAAAUCUUGUGUACCCGUUUGUGCUGCAACCACGACCGGCUGAAUUUCAAGGAAACUGCCGCGAGAAAGUGUCCCUUUGAGGAUCUCUUCGAGGAGAAACAAACUACGAUCGCGGUGCGUCCGGUGUACAUCGAAGAAUGCGAACAUGUAGCUCGAUCGACUGCCACCAGCUGCGUGACCAUCAGGAAAUUCCGCCGCAGUAACAGUGGACAUACUCGGUCUAUAAUUAAACUAUAUCAUGCUAACGGUGUAUCCCAAUGUGAACUCACUCUCGCGCGCCGGUUGAGACUCUCUGUGACAAAACAAGAAAUUUCCUCCCUUCCUUCUCCUCCGUUGAUUCAAUGCCUGCUAAAUAAAAAAAGUCUUACCUGACUGUCUGAACGUGUCUCGAUCGAGAACGAGCGAUCUGGCAAAAGAAAGAAAGAUCGAAGGAAAGAAAGAGAAAAUCGAAGGAUGGGGGGACAGGCAGAGGGAGCGAAGAUCGCGUGGACAGUGGCUCGACUUCCGUCGUGGCCGACGUGGAGAACGAGAUUCUUGGGCCAGCUGGCCUGAGAUAUGCCAACAGCGGCAGGCUCGGUGAUCACGGAAGCAUCGUCAACGAUAUCAUCGUCGUCACCGUCGUCGUCGUCGAAGCUCGAUACCGAAACGGCGGCGUCGAGCACUGGUGGUGUCGCUGGCCGACAGCUGGCGAUAGAAAUCGAGACGAUCGAGCGCCGGGUCUGCGCGACCCGACGCGACCUCUUCGUCCCCGUGACCGUCGAUCCACGGCCAAGCCGGGCGGUACACUGUCCCGACCUGAACGCCUGUCUGGUGAACGAAACUCGAACAGGCCGCGAGCAGCAGGUCGACUGCCAGGCGAUUCACUUCGGCUACGCGAUCCCGGUGAACGUGGUCCCGCUUGAGAACGAUUCACGGCUCGCCGAGUUAGUCUUGGACCACUCGACCGAGUUGAGCAGACGCACCGCGAGCUUCCUGCUCGAGCACCAUCCCCAGCUGCGUCAGCAGCAGCGUCCGACACAGCAGGAACGUUGCCCGAGCAUGGCGGCCACCGCGAAGCACGACCUGCGUCAGAAGUUCCCGACAGAGACGUCGACGUCUGGUGACGAGGACAUCGCCGCGAUCGCCAAACAGAUCAGCGAUCACGCGGAGGCGAUCUAUCAGACGUGGAAGAGCCGCGGUCUAGCUCCUACCGAGAUACUCAACUGUCAUAGCAAUGCCACGGCCGCGGACAAAUUUGGUACUGCUCUCACACCGACGUCUGCAUCCAACAGCCCGAACAGCACCGGGAAAGUCACUCCUACAGCUGCGAGCCCCACCAAUGCGGUGGACAUACUGAGUCAAACGCCAAGCCUCGACAACGGCAACUUGGAGAAGCUGGUGAACAAUUUCGUGGUGGAAGACAAGGCUAGGUUAGCCGCGUCGAGGCAGAGAUCGCCGUCGAAGACCCUACCCUCGUCGAUACAGUUCGCGUUGGAGAAGUUCGAGAAGAACUCGAUACAGCAGCAGCAGCAGCAACAACAGCAGCAACAAUCUCCUCUGAAGAACAGCAACCAAAUUGGCAACCAAGUGAUAAAAGCGAAACAGGGGAACGUUUUGUUGUCUCCAACGUCCCCUUUUGCGAACAAGCCGUCGCAGAUAGUGAAACCUCAAGUGUCCACGAAAACUCCCGGUGCUCACCACCGUGAAGUAUUUCUGGAAACCAUCGAGACCACCUUCCCCGCGGACAUAACACCGUCGAAGAUCGUCGUGCAGCAGAAGAGGCCGACGAGCACGGUGAUCACUUCACCCACCGCCUCCAAUCACGACGACUCGCCGACAAAUUCAGGAUUGACCACGUGGCCCUUGAAGAACAAACUGAACGACAGUAAGAGAGUGACAGAUCCUUGCAGAUCGCCCCAGCAGGAGGUCGCGAAAUCGUUGGCCAACAAGGAAGAGAAGAGAAACAGCAGCUCCAACUCGAGCGUCUAUCUCGACGAGGUGGCCCGCGAGGAGGAGAGACUGAUAAAUGCCCUAAAGACGGGCUCGGUGAUCACGGAGGAGCCCGCGGAGCGAACGGUGCUCCCUUUGACUCGCCAGAAACCGGCGAUAAAGAGGGAAAAGCCGAAGGUGGAGCCUGUCAAGCCGAUAAUCAUUGGUCACAAUCAUCACGCGGCCGGUCUGGUGGCCACUUCCGCCGCAGUGGUGAACAGUGUCGUAUCCCCGACGUCUGGCGGCAACGUCGGUAGCGCCACGUCGGACACGAAAUCACUCAGCAAAGAUGAUCUGUCCAACAUGUCCGUGGUGGAUUACGCGAAGGUCAGAUACCGGGCGGCUCAGCAGAAUCCUCCGACUCAGCAGAGACUGGAGGAGCAGAGGACGAACAACAGUUUCAAUUCCACGGAGCAGCUGGUGUCGACCACGAGGUCCAAGUUCGAAACGGAGAUACAAAAGGACAAGGAGGCUAGCAAGGAGGAGAAGGAUCCUGUCACGUCCAGAUGGGGUCCCAGGAUCAAUUCUCCUAGACCGAGGAUCGAGCAAGUACCCCAUCCGGAGUUGACCACGCAGCAAAAGCAGCACAUAAGGGCUGCCGCUGCGACUGGCACCGGGAACAAUCCCAUCAGACCGUUUCUGACCAGAGGAUCCGUCGCGGAACGCGUUCUCAUCUUCGAGAAGUGUCCGAGCGAGCUGUUGCUCGACAAACGGGGGCCACGGCAACCGGCCAUCAACACUUGGAGGACCGGGCACGACGUUCAGAACAAGGCCCAGACGUACGCGAAAGACAAGACACAGCAAAAGAGCUUGCCACCGCACACGACACUCCAGAGGCACGUGAAAGCGAACAGAAACCACGUUCACAUACCACGAUUUUACUUCCCCGGUGGGAAACCAUUGCCGUUGUCGCAGGUGGAGGCAACCGUCGCGAGGAUCACUGCUGCUUUUCAAACUCUUCCCGGUCAUCGUGCCUCUCGUGCCCAAUUUCACACCAUUACCAAGGCAUGCGACUUGCCGCUCUACUGGAAGGUGCCGCUUUUCCUCGCAGCCGGCGGAGAUCAGACCGGCUACGUCGAGAUGAACGCGUUCCUCGAGUUUUGGAAAGAAAUGUCCAACAGCCACCAUGACGCAGCGAGCAAAUUUAUACGAAUUACAACCCGGGGCCAGAGGAACAAUAUACUACCAGAGGAUUUGAUCCCACUGGUGCAAGACGUGGUCGAGACCCAUCCCGGUUUAACUUUCCUCAAAGAGGCUACUGAGUUCCAUUCACGUUACGUACACACGGUGAUCGCCAGGAUAUUCUACUGCGUGAACCGAAGCUGGAGCGGGAGAAUCUCUGUCGCAGAGCUGCGAAGGAGCAACCUGCUGUCGGUGAUCGCGAUCCUCGAGCACGAAGAGGACAUCAAUCAAGUGACUGCCUACUUCAGCUACGAGCAUUUCUACGUGAUCUACUGCAAGUUUUGGGAGCUUGACCGGGAUCACGAUCUCUUCAUCGACAAGACCGAUCUCACGAAGCACAACGAUCAUGCUCUUUCCAAGCGCAUGAUCGCGAGAAUAUUCAGCGGCGCGGUGACCAGGGGUGGCGUGAAAAGCGGGAACGGCGUUCAACAACCCCAGGAUAAAAUGAGUUACACGGAAUUCGUGUGGUUCCUGUUGAGCGAGGAAGACAAAAACCACCCGACCGCCAUUGAAUAUUGGUUCAGAUGCAUGGAUCUCGAUGGCGAUGGAUAUCUAUCGAUGUACGAGUUGGAAUACUUUUACGAAGAGCAAUUGCAUCGCAUGGAAGCGAUUGGACUGGAAACGUUGCCCUUCGAGGAUUGCCUUUGCCAGAUGUUGGACAUGAUCAAACCAGCAAAGCCGGGGAAAAUAUCUCUAAGCGAUUUGAAGAAGUGCAAGAUGACUUCAAUCUUCUUCGACACGUUCUUCAACCUUGAGAAGUACCUGGAUCACGAACAGAGGGAUCCCUUCGCAUCUGCCAGAGAGCAUGACCCUGAUGGUCACGAGCUGUCGGAUUGGGACCGAUUCGCGGCAGAGGAGUACGAACUGUUGGUCACCGAGGAAAGCGGUAACGAACAGAAUGAGCAAAUGUCAAACGAUUCCAUGUCAGAGGACACGUUUUCCCAGAACCUGGAAACCCUGGACAGUGAAUCCGUGGACAUGCUUCAGGGUGCAGAUGUACAAUUCCAAGGAUACACCGAUUUACCUACGAUCGGUCCAUCGGAUUCCAUUCAAUCGAGAAAUCAAUAUUACGACAGCGGCGACAGCGACGAUUACGCUGAGAGCGAUAAUUGAAUGGGAAUGGAGAAAAACUGAACUCGUCAAUCUCGGGAAGAGAAAGCAAAGAAAAGGGGGAGGGGGAGAUUGCCUUUUUCCCUCCUGGUGGCAAUUCAAUAGUCUAAACGCGUAGUUGUUUUCCAUAUAAUAGGAGUGUCGUGUAAUCUUUUUGUGAACAGCCGUAUAUUAUGGUGAAACGAUUCUCGGUACAUAUAUAGGAACGAAUCUAUUCGGUGAUCCGGUUCGAAUCGUCUCUCGGAAGUACAAAGACAUUCAAGAAUGAUUUGAACAUUUUACCUGAACAGUAUAUAGUCGAACAACUUGGAAAUGUUGUGUCAGUGAAACAGAUCCGCAAGUCUUUUUUUUUUUUUUUAUUAGAAACUGGACUUAUUUUAUCGUUUAUGGGAUAAGAAACUAACGAGAGGAAAGUAUCGAACGAUCCUCUUUGAAACGGGGAAGCUUCGAUAUCACCGAAUCGAUCCGUAACUAUGAAUAGUCGAGAGGAAGAUUCAGGCCACGGCACGACGAUGUGUGAUAAGCAAGCGUCAUUUGUUCAAUCUCUCUACGGAUAUACAUACUGUGUACUUCACGUUGUAAAUAGACAGCAAAUCACGGACCCUUAUUUUUACUUAACGCGAGAAAGUCACUUGACAAAAAAAAAAAAAAAAAAAAAAAAAAAGAAGAAGAAGAAGAAUGCAGGUCUUUCAAUUGCUGCAGCCGUUUAUAAGAAAGUCAACUAAACAGUAGUUGUAGACUCUAAAAGAAAUUUAGCCGGUCGAUUCUCAAGCAAUUCAUCCCGACGAACUAAACUUUUUUUCGAGUUCGAAGGAUGUUAUUUUUUAGACGAAACACCGCGAACAAAUAUACUAUAUGUAUCCUAGUUUCAGCCCGAGGCUGCAACAACUGGAAAUCGCGCGUCAGAAGAGAGUAUUCUUCGUCAUCGUUGGAUUUGCGAGUUGAAAGGGUUGUUAUUGCCCUAUGUAAUCGUCUUGUAAGCCAAUAGUGUUAACACUGUACGCAAAAGUAUUGCACGCACGUGAACGUUCGAAGAAUCGGGAGCGAGAUCGUAACAGUAAGGUAUUCCUCUAACUCGACCUGGUAAUAGUAUUUCAUAAUUCGUGGGUGUGUCCUAUCUUUUUUCCGGAAGUUGCAGGCUACAACCUAUGAUUGCUGUUUCUUUUCCACGUGUUUGCAGGUAGUUUCUUGCGAAAUGAUGAAAACAAGCCAAAGAUGAGAUGUGUUCCGUUACCUUCAGAGGGAAGCAAAACGAAGACACGGAGAAACUGUGCUGCUUUAAAUGAUUAGAAACGUCCGUUUCAACCGCAAGCGUGAUAUUUGUUUUCGAGAUUCACGAGGAUUUUUGUUUAGAAUCUCUCGUUUAUUAACUGUUGGACAUUGAGUGGACGUAGCUUUUUAUAAACUAAGUUAAAAUCGCUUUAUAGUGUUCUCCUUGGAACGAUGCAUUCUGAAUAUUGAUUGUCGAUUCUUUUUUUAUUCUUUUUCUUUUCCCGCCCCUUUUUAAUUACUUUGAUAAGGCGAUCGAGAUUUUACACAUACCUUUUAAAUCGUUGUUAAGGAAUUAUUGUGGUUCCGAAGUAUGCAAGUUUUCGAUGAACACAGAUGCAAAGGAGAUUCUAUUUUUAGAUUCCUUUUCGUUGGGGGAAAACACCAUAAAAAACGUAUGCGUUUGUAGACGAUCAUUGAAGAGCGUGUGGUGAGAAAGAUUUUGUUGAAAGUGUCUACUGCCACAGCAAUGGAUUCUUAAUCGCGGCUCGACUUAAUCUAUAAUCUAUAAUUUGCGAUAUUGGACAUCGUCGGAGUUGUACCCUGUUGUUUUCCAAUCGUUUCUUAAAA